UCAUAAAAACUAUUUUAAAGACAAACAUAAAAGCUUAAGAACGAAAUUUUGUUUCUAUUUAUUACGUCUUAACAAUUAACAAUUAAUCCAGCACCAAAAAAAUACUACAUAUCUUUUCUUUUUUCCUAUGAAUUUCUCUUCGAGCUCAAAUUAUUAAUUUCCGUCAAUAUCCCGGAUUCCCGGGUAUAUAAACUAUACAGUCAUAGCAGGUGACAUAGAGGGGAAACAAAGAUGAUUAUUCCUGUUCGUUGUUUCACUUGCGGCAAGGUCAUUGGAAACAAAUGGGACACGUAUCUUGAUCUUCUCCAGUCUGAUUACACGGAAGGAGAUGCUCUUGAUGCUUUGGGACUUGUCCGUUAUUGUUGCAGAAGAAUGCUAAUGACUCAUGUUGAUCUCAUCGAGAAGCUUCUGAACUACAACACAUUGGAGAAAUCUGAUACGAGCUGAGGCCUUGUGAAGAAUGUUUUGGAUAAACCUAAAUAGCUUCCCUAAUGUAUGAUAAAUUGUAUUGAUUAAACAAAAUGGAUUGAUGUUUGGGUUGUGUUCGUCUACUGUGGGAAUAUUAUUUUGGUUUGAAGGAUUUGUAAACUUGUAUCUUUUUACAAGGGUUGUAGAUCCAUUUGAAGAGCAUUGUGUUGUAGUUUAUAGCUGCAUUUAUUUGGAUAUUUGCCUUUGAUCAUUUCUAA